AUGCGGCCAACUAUUCAGGGUACUCAGGUGUUACCCUUGAGUCGCACACUUGCCGGUGAGCAUCACGGUGGUCAACUUCAAGGAUUAACUUUGGAGACCGGUUCGGUUGCGCCGAAGAUCGGUGCCACUAUGAGUUUCUUACGCCAGGUGUGGGUGGUUUGGAAUCAGGGUUUAGCCAACUCCUCUAGACUGACUACCAGUAGUUAG